CCCGCUGUCUUGCCAGAUGACUCGGUGCCCGCUGUCGAGCUUGAUGACUCAGUGCCCGCGGUUCUGCCAGAUGACUCGGAGCCCACUGUCGUGCCAGAUGACUUGGUGCCCGCUGUCGAGCUUGGUGACCCAGUGCUUGCUGUUGUGCCAGAUGACUUGGUGCCCGCUGUCGUGCCAGAUGACUAGGUGCCCGCGGUUCUGCCAGAUGACUCGAAGCCCACUGUCGUGCCAGAUGACUCGGUGCCCGCUGUCGUGCCAGAUGACUCGGUGCCCGCUGUCGGGCUUGGUGACCCGGUGCCCGCUGUCGUGCCAG